GGUAUAUUCAGUUUCAGACAAGCGGUCACACUAAUUGACAGACGCAAAGUUUUAAGUAAAUUUUAUUAUAGUUAAGCAAAGACCAAAUGGCUGAUUCGGACGAUGAGUACGACCGCAAGCGACGUGACAAAUUCCGCGGGGAGCGCAGCGACAGUUACCGUACGGAACGCCGUGAUGACCGUCGCGCGGUGGGCGGCUCUACCGGUGCCCGCGACGAGUGGGCGGAGCGCAAUCCCUUCAGGGGCGGAGCUUCCGCAGGCGGCGGAGGCGCUCGCCAUAGACCAGACUACAGCGACUAUCGUGGCCCAGGAGCCAGACCACGCUAUGGGUCACCCGGCCGUGAUUUGCCCCCAGCCAAGCGAAUGCGCCCGGACUGGGGCGACGGAGAUGUGCGCGCCAAUCCCCGGUUCGGGGGCUAUGAUCCGUAUUUGAUGCAGGCCUGGAACGACCACUACCAGUCCAUGCACUCGGCCUUCUCCCACGCCGGUCAUGCCCCACCUGUUAGGGAGUCCAUAGGCGGCGGCGGGAGCGACACUCUUACCCAGCCGGCCAUGCUCAACCUGAAGCAAUUCCUCGACACCCAGGACGAGAACAUUUCUGACUCGGAAGUUAUGCGCAAGUACACCGAGUAUAAAACAGACUUCAAGCGCCAGCAACUAAACGAGUUUUUCGUGGCCCACAAGGAUGAGGAAUGGUUCAAAAACAAAUACCAUCCCGAGGACAGUGUCAAACGCAGUGAGGAACAGCGGGGCUUCCUUCAGAGGCGUACUGAUGUUUUUGUGGAGUUACUCGAGAAUGGAACAAUAGGAAGUGUGAAGGUAGAUUCUUCGCAGGGAGAUGCUCUGAUCCGUGUAUUAGAUACGUGCGUUAUAAAGCUGGAAGGCGGCACUGACGAGGACCUUAAAGUCCUAGACGAGAAACCCAAGGAUCUAGUAGUAUAUGAACGAAAGACGGAGCCUAUGGAGUCUGUCAAGGCGAUGGAGAAAGCUAUUAGCAGUCCCAAAGAGGAGAAGAUUAGAGAGGAAGAUCCAUUGCCAGCGGUCGUGUCGGCACAACAAAAUACUGCAAGGUCUGUUAAUUCUGACGAGGAGAACUGGAAUGACGAGGAUGCAGUGACAAAAAAAGAGUUGGAGGAGCAUUCAAAAGACACCGAUAUCAAACCUGAGGACCAACAGUUGAACAAGAAAAAGACAAAAAAACGCAAACGCAACAGUAGCGAUGAUGACAGCUCCUCAUCCGAAUCCAGUUCUAGCUCAGAUGAAGAGAAACUUAAGGAAAAGUAUGAUGUGGAAGAUGGCCUCAGGGCCGAACAAAAAGCCGAGGCGGAAAAGGACAGACAAGAAGCGGCCAAAGCAAAACAGGAACCAGAAAGUUCUAAACUGGAAGAGCUCGUAGGAAAGGAAAUUACUGAGCCCAAAGAACUAGACUCAAAAAUCAAUACUGCCGAGAAUGACGAUACGCUGAAGUCACCUGAAAUGACUCCAAAUCCGAUUAAGAGAACGGAUAAUGGAAAUGGCAAUAAAGUAGAAGAUGAAGAGAAGCCCUCUGUUGAUGAAAACAAGGUUGUCGAAACCGAAACUAUUGAUCUAGACAAAGUGAAGGAUGGCCAGCCUAGGGCUUUGCAUAGGACCUCCUCCAUCUUUCUGCGAAACUUAGCCCCCUCGAUAACCAGAGCAGAGAUCGAGGCCGUGUGCAACCGUUUUACCGGCUACUUAAGGGUGGCUAUUGCAGACCCCUUGGUAGAACGUCGUUGGUAUCGCAGGGGUUGGAUAACAUUCAUGCGAGACGUCAACAUUAAAGAGAUUUGCUGGGGACUAAACAAUCAGCGACUGAGAGACUGUGAAAUGGGAGCCAUCGUCAAUCGGGACCUCAGUCGACGGGUACGUCCAGCCAAUGGUAUAACCGCUCACAAACAAGUGGUGCGCUCAGACAUUAAACUGUGCGCCAAGAUCGCUUUAAAUCUGGAUGAAAGAUUUAGGCUAUGGGCGGAGGUGCCGACAGAUGAUUCCAAUUCCGCCCGAGCGGACGAGUCCUCUGAAAAUGGAAGCGGCUCCACGUAUGGUUUCAAUUCAAAAAACCCGGUGCUGCAAAACAUCACUGAUUACCUUAUCGAAGAGGCGUCAGCCGAGGAAGAUGAGCUUCUUGGCCUUACCGGCGAAAAUAAGGACACUGAGGGCGAAGCCAUUGAGCGUGACGAGCAGCUUAUAUCCGUUCUUGACCGCCUUGUACUUUACUUGCGUAUAGUGCACUCAGUGGACUAUUACAACCAUUGUGAGUAUCCAUAUGAAGACGAGAUGCCGAACCGCUGCGGCAUUAUCCAUGCCCGCGGUCCAGCUCCUGUUCGGGUGACAAACAACGACGUGCAAGAGUAUAUCAAGACAUACGAAAGCAAGUUGCAACAGUUUCUUACUAAGACUGUGCUACUGAGUGACGAAGAGAUAAAGGACCUUGGUGCAAAGGACGCCGAAACCGAGGUGGAAAAGUUUGUGCAAGCGAACACUCAGGAGCUGGCGAAGGACAAAUGGUUGUGCCCUCUGUCGGGUAAGAAGUUUAAGGGCCCCGAGUUUAUCCGCAAGCACAUCUUCAACAAGCACGAUGAAAAGGUUGACGAGGUGCGCAAGGAGGUGCAAUACUUUAACAACUAUCUGCGCGAUCCUAAGCGUCCGCAGCUUCCCGAACAUCCAGGCACCUCUAAGCGCCCAGAAUCGGAAUCUGCCCGUGGAGGGGGUGGAGGGUACCGACCGCCUAUGUAUCCACCUUUUUCGGCGAUGCCCUAUGGUUUUGGACCACCCAUGAUGGGUGGGGGCCGUGGUGGACGUAACUUUCCCCCCGCUCGCAGAGAAUUGCCUUUGGAACACCAGCGCCGGCUUAUCGGUUACCAUGAUUUGGAUGCGCCUGCCAAUUCCGAUAUGUUUGACUAAUUGAUUAACACAAUACAAAUAAAAACAGGCCAUAUUGAUGCAGCUAUUAUCGGUUGGCGAGCUCAAGUUUUAAAAGCAAUUCAAGCAAUGCUAGGAAAAGUAUCUACUGCAUAUAAAGAUGGUUUAUAUACGACUAAUGAUAUCUGUUUUCCUGUACAAUGCUAGAACUACCUUUAUUUGCCCGAAAUAAAUGCAAAUCCAUAGUCUAAAACAAAA